AUGGAGAAGCUGUCCAGGAGGAAAGAGGAAGAUGACAACGGAGAUGAGCACGCUGAGGGAGGUCUGGUUGAGAACCACGUGGACGGGACCGUGAACCUGUUGGGCGGUGGAGGCAGUGCUGGUAGGAAGCCCCUCAAGUCAGGCAUGAAGGAGCUGGCCGUGUUCCGGGAGAAGGUCACCGAGCAGCACCGGCAGAUGGGGAAGGGUGGCAAACAUCACCUUGGCCUGGAUGAGCCCAAGAAGCUGCGGCCACCACCUGGCAGGACCCCCUGCCAGCAGGAAUUGGACCAGGUCCUGGAGCGGAUCUCCACCAUGCACCUUCCAGAUGAGCGGGGCCCCCUGGAGCACCUCUACUCCUUGCACAUCCCCAACUGUGACAAGCACGGCCUGUAUAACCUCAAACAGUGCAAGAUGUCUCUGAACGGGCAGCGUGGGGAGUGCUGGUGUGUGAACCCCAACACUGGGAAGCUGAUCCAGGGAGCCCCCACCAUCCGGGGGGACCCCGAGUGUCAUCUCUUCUACAAUGAGCAGCAGGAGGCUCGUGGGGUACAUACCCAGCGGAUGCAGUAA